CGGUCCAGGCUGAAAACUUUGUACCAGUCCGACCUACCGGCUAAACUUUUCGUACCGGCUCGACACACAGGGUCCGCAGAUUUUCUGCUUUUCUUCCUCUAGAAAUUGACAGUAGCUCUUUAACCCUGCAAGGUGUCAGUACGUUUGAAUAAAGAAGUGAAAAAGUGACAAAUUUCAUAUUCCGAGUGAUUCUCAAUUGUAGAGUGAAAAGUACUUGAGUUAAAAAAGUGAAUGAAUUAAAAUUAUGAAGGCCGGAAAUGAAGCGCCAGUGAUUCUGUCUUGUUCCCGUAGCGCCACAUGAGGAUGGGAAUACGGUUGCAAAAUGAAAUAUUUUCCAAUUUGUUUCCUUCUUCUCAUGACUUGCUUGGUCCGGGUGGAAAAUGUUCCAAUUCCUGGAGACUGUACAACUAAACCCUACCGAGAAAAGGGCGGGAAAAAUGAAAACCAAGAUGUCCGCCUCCAUCUGGACUGUACACUUUCGGCAAUCAACAGUGAGUCGGAGAAAACUAAUUUUAGCGUAAUCCCUGGAGAACACACGGCUAGUUUAACAGUGCGAUGCUCGGACACAUUAUCUACAAGUCACAUCGAGCCACAAGGUUUUCUGAGUUUAAACCUUCUAGAAGAGUUAGAAAUAAUAGGGUGUAAAUUGGAAAAUAUACCGGACCAUGCUUUUCUGGGGCUUACUAGAUUACGUGUUCUCAGAUUGGAGAGCUCCACAACAACUCCACUAUCCUUGGAUCCAGGAAGUAUGUCAGGUAUUGGGAGCCUGGAGCACCUUGAUAUAUCGGAGCGGGAGUUGGAGCUCCUUCAUCCCUCAGCUCUCUGCUCCCUUCCCUCUCUCAGCUCCCUAAAGUUGGAGGGAGGAAGUUUCAGUUCUCUGGAAAAUUUAGGAAAGUUUUCGUAAAAAACUAUUUAAUGGUGAGCUGCUUGGUUUCUAUGCCUAAACUUUGGUUUUCUCUUUUUCUCUCAUUGAA